AUGGCAUCCAAGAACCAGAACAAACCUCCAGUUCAUGCACCGUCUAGCCCGUCAAAUAGCAAGUAUAAUGUUGACGAAGCUUCAUUAGAUAAAAGGCGAAAGGUUGGAAGCACAAAAAUGCCGCCCAGCACUGGUACAAGAACUCUAACCCGACAGGCCUUUUCAGUGGUUAAUGGGGGUCAUGAUCAGCCUCCGACAAGUGGCCCGCCAAGCGUUGCUGGCUCGGAUUGUGGUGUAAUUGAGCUCACCAAAGAGGAUAUUGUGGCAUUACUGAAUGAGAAGCUGAAAAUUAAGAAUAAAUAUAACUAUAAGGAAAUAUCUGAACAAAGGUUUGAGUACAUAAAAAGGCUUAAGCAAUGUAUCAAAUGGUUCCAACAGCUUGAGGGAAAUUAUAUUACAGAGCAGGAGAAACUGAAUAAUUUGUUGGAGAUGGCAGAGAAGCAAUUCAAUGAAAUGGAGUCUCUGAUGAAGGCUAAGGAAGAAGAGCUGAAUUCCAUUAUAAUGGAGUUGAGAAAGAAUCUGGAUGCACUACAAGAGAAGUUUACAAAGGAGGAAUCAGAUAAAUUGGACGCAUUAGAUUCAUUGGCAAGAGAAAAAGAUUCUAGAGUGGCUUUGGAGAGGCUGCAAGUUUCUCUAUCGGAAGAGCUCAAGAGAACACAACAAGACAAUGCAAGUUCAAACCAAAAGAUACAAUCACUUAACGAUAUGUAUAAGCGGUUACAGGAGUACAACACUAGCCUACAACAAUACAAUAGUAGACUUCAGUCAGAACUUGCUGCAACCAAUGAGAUGCUUAAGCGCGUGGAGAAAGAGAAGGCGGCAGUGGUUGAAAACCUAAGCACUUUGAGGGGUCAUUAUACUUCUCUGCAGGAUCAACUUACUUCGUCUAGAGCUUCGCAAGAGGAAGCUAUCAAACAAAAGGAAGGCUUAGCGAAUGAAGUGGGAUGCUUGAGGGCUGAUAUGCAACAAGUCAGAGAUGAUCGUAACCGUCAAUUAUUACAAGUCCAGGCUUUGUCAGCUGAAGUAGAACAAUAUAAAGAAUGUACUGGAAAAACUGUUGCAGAGUUAGAUGGCCUGACAGUGAAAACAAAUGAGCUAGAGUCAACCUGUCUAUCUCAAAGUGAACAAAUUAGAAGACUGAAGGAGCAGCUUGCCUUUGCAGAGAAGAAAUUGAAGAUGUCCAAUACAUCGGCAUUGGAGACGAAAACUGAAUUUGAGGAGCAAAAGCAGUUUAUUAUUGAGUUACAGAGUCGUCUAGCUGGUGCAGAAUUAAAAAUUGUAGAAGGGGAAAAAUUACGGAAAAAGCUGCACAACACCAUUUUGGAAUUGAAAGGGAAUAUCCGGGUCUUCUGUAGGGUGAGACCCCUGUUGUCUGAUGAUGGUGUUGAGACAGAAAAUAAAGUUGUCUCUUUCCCGACAGCAAUGGAAACCCUUGGGCGUGGCAUUGAUUUGACACUAAAUGGACAAAAACACUCCUUCACUUAUGACAAAGUCUUUCUGCCUGAUGCCUCCCAAGAAGAUGUUUUUGUUGAGAUAUCACAACUUGUGCAGAGUGCUCUUGAUGGUUACAAGGUUUGUAUAUUUGCUUAUGGACAAACUGGUUCAGGGAAGACUUACACAAUGAUGGGCAAGUCAAGACUCCACGAUCAGAAAGGUCUGAUUCCACGGACAUUAGAACAGGUUUUCGAGACAAGGCAAGCUCUUCAAUCCCAAGGAUGGAAAUAUGAAAUGCAGGUGUCAAUGCUUGAAAUAUACAAUGAAACAAUACGUGAUCUUUUAAUACCAAAUAAAUCAGGCUUUGAUAUGUCACGAACAGAAAAUGUCGGAAAGCAAUAUGCAAUCAAACACGAUGCCAAUGGCAACACUCAUGUCUCUGAUCUAACAGUUGUGGACGUUCGUAGUAGUAAUGAGGUUUCAUAUCUUUUAGAGCGGGCAUCACAGAGCAGAUCUGUCGGAAAGACUCAAAUAAAUGAACAGUCUUCUAGGAGCCAUUUUGUCUUUACAUUGCGAAUAAUGGGUGUCAAUGAGAGCACCGAUCAACAGGUACAAGGCAUCCUGAAUCUAAUUGACCUUGCUGGUAGUGAGCGUCUUUCUAAGAGUGGGUCUACUGGGGAUCGACUGAAAGAAACUCAGGCAAUUAAUAAGAGUUUAUCAUCCCUAAGUGAUGUUAUAUUUGCCUUGGCGAAGAAGGAGGAGCAUGUGCCAUUUAGGAACUCAAAGCUGACCUAUCUUCUCCAGCCUUGUUUAGGUGGAGAUUCCAAGACAUUGAUGUUUGUCAAUGUAUCUCCGGAUCCUUCUUCAGUCGGUGAAUCACUUUGUUCACUGAGGUUUGCAGCACGUGUGAAUGCUUGCGAGAUUGGUGUCCCCCGGCGUCAAACCAAUCUUAGAUCUUCUGAUUCUCGUCUGAGCAUUGGCUGA